AUGGCUGCAAAGAAAAACAUUCUUCUCGUCAUCGCAGACGACAUGGGCAAGUCGCUUGGCUGCUACGGCGAUUCUACAAUAUCAACGCCCAACAUUGACCGUCUAGCUGCUGAGGGCACGUUAUUUGACAAUGCUUUCGCCAGCACAGCCUCGUGCAGCGGAAGCAGAUCCGUCAUCUAUACUGGGCUCCAUACACACCAAAACGGGCAAUACGGAUUGCAGCACAGCAAUCACCAUUUUUUGACCUUUGACCACAUCGAGACCGCUCCCAAGCUGUUUCAGACUUUCGGAUACCUCACCGGUAUUAUCGGGAAGAUUCACGUUGGCCCAGAUAAUGUGUACCCGUGGGAAGUGCGAAGAGAAAGCCCAAGCCGAGAUGUUGCUUGGGUCGCACAAGAAGCCGAUUCAUUCUUUCAAUUGGCAAAGGAAGACCCUCGCCCAUUCUUCCUAACAGUUGGGUUCAUGGACCCUCACCGUGACUCAACUCGCGGAGGAUUCGGCAACGGUGACGACAGCGUAUCGGGUCCAGAUGCCACAUAUGACCCUGCGAAGAUCACGGUACCCAGUUUUCUAAACGAUAUCCCGGAAGUCCGCCAAGAAAUGGCUGAGUACUAUCGCUCUGUUGGUCGGGUGGACAGAGGCUUUGGCUUGAUCAUGGAAGCUUUGAAAAAGGCUGGCUUGGACAACGACACGCUUGUUGUCUUGACAAGUGACAAUGGACCGCCUUUUCUCAAUUCAAAGACCACUCUGUACGACGCGGGUGUGAGAUUGCCUCUCAUUAUACGGCGGCCCCAAGGAAAACCUGCAAUGAAGAAUCCAAAUCUCAUUUCUUUCAUCGACAUUCUACCGACGUUUGUCGAUUGGGCGGGACACACUACUGCGACUUCGAUGUCAAACUCUCCACCUCGGCUAGGCCGUUCAAUUCUUCCAAUUAUUGACGAAACUAGUAUACAUGAUGACUGGUCUAGAGUAUUCGGAUCCCAUACUUUUCAUGAGGUCACAAACUAUUAUCCCACGAGAUUUUUGCGCACUUUGCGAUACAAGUAUCAUCGCAACAUAGCCUGGAAGCUUGACUUCCCCUUCUCAACCGAUCUUUACGCCUCUCUGUCAUGGGAGGGAAUUCGGAAUUCCCAAUUCCCGGUAAAAGUUGGGGAGCGAUCCCUGGAGGCAUACAUCCGCCGGCCUCCGGAAGAGCUGUAUGAUAUGCAGCAAGACCCAAGGGAGGUGGUAAAUCUUGCGGAUCGUCCGGAAUACAAAGAAUUACUUUUGGGAUAUCGACAAGAGUUAGAGGAUUGGCAGCGACUGACGCAAGAUGCGUGGCUGGUGCGAGAUGGAGUGUCGUUAUCGGAAAUGCAAGGACACAUAGAUGCGGGAUUGAAGAUCCCAAAUCGUUUCGAUUUCGACCUUGCAACACCAGGAAAUAAGGUGCUUUAG